GCUCCAAAUUUUAAUGCUCAGGUAUCGCACAGAAAGGGAUUACCACACGUGAUUUACUGCCGGGUGUGGCGUUGGCCUGAUCUACAGUCUCAUCAAGAGUUGAGACCCAUUCCUGAAUGCCUCUACCCUCAUGACCACAACAACAAAACUCCCUAUGUGUGCAUAAAUCCGUAUCACUAUCAGCGAUUGGAUCAAUCACGGGAAGAUGUCAAUCGAAUGGAUCAGGUCAGUCCAUACACAUCUCCGCCUACCCAGUAUUGGGCCACCAUAUCGUACUACGAGCUGAACAGCAGAGUCGGCGAAUAUUUUAAGGUUUAUAAGAACGAGUUGAUAGUGGAUGGUUUCACGGAUCCUAACUCUGACGAUCGCAUUUGUCUUGGACUUCUCUCAAACGUUAAUCGAAAUCCUACUAUUGAGAACACACGGCGACAUAUAGGAAAAGGCAGCCUGGUGUACACAAGCGACUAUGAUCUCUACAUACAAAAUCUCUCCGAGUCAUCCAUCUUUGUGCAGUCGCGAAAUUUGAACUACAACAUGCAUCAGGAACAGACCACUGUAUGUCGUGUGCCUGCUCAUAGUGCAGCAGUCUGCGUUUUCAGCAAUAUCGUUUUCCAGCAGAUGCUGCAAAAUGCCAAGAUGAGAGGUGCAGAGGAGUUACACGCUUUGCAGAAAGUUUGCUUCAUACGACUAUCGUUUGUGAAAGGUAUGGAAUUUCUUCAAUUAUGGCAAUACUAUCAAGUUGGCUUCAAAGGCUGGGGACCUGAUUAUCCAAGACAGGAUGUGACAUCAACACCGUGUUGGUUGGAGAUACAGUUACUCUACCCACUCUGGGUAAGCACUUACCUCAAUUAUUUGGAUGAAAAUAGAGUCAUCCCAAGAAAUGAUUUCAUCAUUUGA